AUGUCGGGCAUAAAUGCUGGAGACGAGAAGCUCAUCUUUGAAUCCUCCGAGGCUGUCUCAGUAGUCUCAACCUUCGACGACCUUGGUUUGAAGGAGGAUCUCCUACGAGGAAUCUACGCUUACAAUUUUGAAAAGCCGUCUGCCAUCCAACAGCGUGCCAUUCUCCCCAUCAUCCAAGGACGAGAUGUCAUUGCACAAGCCCAAUCAGGGACAGGAAAGACUGCGACGUUUUCCAUUUCCAUCCUCCAGUCGAUCGAUGUCACUGUGCGGGAAACACAAGCACUGGUGCUUUCCCCGACCCGUGAGCUUGCCACUCAAAUCCAGUCAGUGGUCCUCGCGCUCGGCGACUACAUGAACGUCCAGUGCCACGCGUGCAUUGGCGGCACCUCCAUUGGCGAGGACAUCCGCAAACUGGAAUACGGCCAGCAUGUCGUCUCUGGCACACCUGGUCGUGUAUUCGACAUGAUUCGUCGCCGAAGCCUCCGGACACGGAACAUCAAAAUGUUGGUUCUUGACGAAGCCGACGAAUUGUUGAACAAGGGCUUCAAGGAUCAAAUUUACGAUGUUUAUCGCUACCUCCCCCCCGCGACCCAAGUCGUUUUGCUCAGCGCUACGCUCCCGUACGAUGUUCUGGAGAUGACGACGAAGUUCAUGACCGACCCGAUCCGCAUCCUCGUCAAGCGUGACGAGUUGACGUUGGAGGGCAUCAAGCAGUUCUUCGUCGCAGUGGAGAAGGAAGAUUGGAAAUUCGACACUCUGUGCGACUUGUACGACACACUCACGAUCACCCAGGCGGUUAUUUUCUGCAACACGAGGCGAAAGGUGGACUGGCUGACGGAGAAGAUGCGCGCGGCCAAUUUUACCGUCUCAUCAAUGCAUGGUGAGAUGGUGCAGAAGGAGCGAGACGCUAUCAUGGCAGAGUUCCGAAGUGGCACGUCACGCGUGUUGAUUACGACUGACGUCUGGGCGCGCGGUAUCGACGUCCAGCAAGUCUCUUUAGUCAUCAAUUACGAUCUUCCUGCAAACCGUGAGAACUAUAUUCACCGCAUCGGUCGUUCAGGACGGUUUGGAAGGAAGGGUGUGGCCAUCAACUUCGUCACCGUUGAUGACGUUCGUAUCCUCCGCGAUAUUGAACAAUUUUACGGAACCCAGAUAGACGAAAUGCCAGUGAAUGCUGCGGAACUCAUUUAAGUUCGACUUUGCACCUGUGUACUUUCUCCUACCGAUACUCGGAUUCCCUUUCGUGUAGGACGCUGUCUCGCUGUCUUCUUGUGCAUAUCCCUAUGUAAUGCCUUGUGUUCAUGCUUCGAAUAUUACUUUCAGUGUAGCACCAAUAUUCUUAGCUUCAACAAACAACUCUGGC